GGCGCGUUUACAGCCCCAGGGUUUUUCUCGCUAGGGAAAUGCAUGAAGCGUUUCCCCAGGGUGAUGGUUUUGCUCCCCCUAGGACUCAGCAGUUGAAUUUUUAAGUAUGUUACUGAUUCAUCCUCUCUCUUCCUCUGUCAUCACAGGUUUAAACUUACACGAAUCGCUCUCCGGAGGAGGAGGGGACCGGCCGCGCGAUUGACACGCAUAUUCCUAUAGGCAUCCUCUCUCAGCCCCCACCCCCACGGCCAGAUUCGGGUGGCUCCUCUGCGAGCUGAAAUCCGAGAGGAAAUCCUUGGAUCUCUUUUCUUAAAAAAAAAAAAAAAAAAAAGAAUUCUAAAACCAUUGGUAUUUUGCUUGCUGCUUCCUAUUUGCAAGAUGAAGAAGUUUUUCGACUCCCGGCGAGAGCAGGGCGGCUCUGGCCUGGGCUCAGGCUCCAGCGGAGGAGGGGGCAGCACCUCAGGCCUGGGCAGUGGCUACAUCGGAAGGGUCUUUGGCAUCGGGCGACAGCAGGUCACCGUGGACGAGGUGUUGGCGGAAGGUGGAUUUGCUAUUGUAUUUCUGGUGAGGACAAGCAAUGGGAUGAAAUGUGCCUUGAAACGCAUGUUUGUCAACAAUGAACAUGACCUCCAGGUGUGCAAGAGAGAAAUCCAAAUUAUGAGGGACCUGUCGGGGCACAAGAACAUUGUGGGUUACAUUGAUUCUAGUAUCAACAAUGUGAGUAGCGGCGAUGUAUGGGAAGUUCUCAUUCUGAUGGACUUCUGUAGAGGAGGCCAGGUGGUCAAUCUGAUGAAUCAGCGCCUGCAAACAGGUUUUACAGAGAAUGAAGUGCUCCAGAUAUUUUGUGAUACCUGUGAAGCUGUUGCCCGCCUGCAUCAGUGCAAAACUCCAAUUAUCCACCGUGACCUAAAGGUUGAAAAUAUCCUCUUGCAUGACCGAGGCCACUAUGUCCUGUGCGACUUUGGAAGUGCCACCAACAAGUUCCAGAACCCACAAACUGAGGGAGUCAAUGCAGUAGAAGAUGAGAUUAAGAAAUACACAACUCUGUCCUAUCGAGCACCAGAAAUGGUCAACUUGUACAGUGGCAAAAUCAUCACUACGAAGGCAGACAUUUGGGCUCUUGGAUGUUUAUUAUAUAAAUUAUGCUACUUCACUUUGCCAUUUGGGGAGAGUCAGGUGGCAAUUUGUGAUGGAAACUUCACAAUUCCUGAUAACUCUCGAUAUUCUCAAGACAUGCACUGCCUAAUUAGGUAUAUGUUGGAACCAGACCCUGACAAAAGGCCAGAUAUUUACCAGGUCUCCUACUUCUCAUUUAAACUACUCAAGAAAGAAUGCCCAAUUCCAAAUGUACAGAACUCUCCCAUUCCUGCAAAGCUUCCUGAACCAGUGAAAGCCAGUGAGGCAGCUGCAAAAAAGACCCAGCCAAAGGCCAGACUGACAGAUCCCAUUCCCACCACAGAGACUUCAAUUGCACCCCGGCAGAGACCUAAAGCUGGGCAGACUCAGCCAAACCCAGGAAUCCUUCCAAUCCAGCCAGCCCUGACACCUCGGAAAAGGGCCACAGUUCAGCAUCCCCCUCAGGCUGCAGGAACCAGCAAUCAGCCUGGCCUUUUAACCAGUGUUCCCCAACCAAAAACCCAACCCCCACCCAGCCAGCCUCUGCCUCAACCUCAGCCCAAGCAGCCACAGGCUCCGCCCACCCCACAGCAGACACCUUCCACUGAGGCCCAGGGUCUCCCCACUCAGGCCCAGGCCACACCCCAGCACCAGCAGCAACUGUUCCUCAAGCAGCAGCCGCAGCCGCAGUUUCAGGCAGUACAUACAGCAGCCCAGCAACCAGCAAUUGCUCAGUUCCCUGUAGUUUCCCAAGGCUCUCAACAGCAGCUGAUGCAGAACUUCUACCAGCAACAGCAGCAACAGCAGCUGGCCACAGCCCUGCAUCCACAGCAGCUGGUGACUCAGCAGGCCGCCUUGCAGCAAAAGCCAACGGCGGCUGGAGCAGCACAGCAGCCCCAGGCACAGCCGGCAGCAGCCCCGCCGCCAUCCCCUGCCCAGGAGCCCACGCAGAUUCAAGCCCCAGUAAGACAACAGCCAAAGGUCCAGACAACUCCACCUCCUGCCGUCCAAGGGCAGAAAGUUGGAUCUCUCACUCCUCCAUCAUCCCCAAAAACCCAACGUGCUGGGCACAGACGGAUUCUCAGUGAUGUCACCCACAGUGCAGUCUUUGGGGUCCCUGCCAGCAAAUCAACCCAGCUGCUCCAGGCAGCUGCAGCUGAGGCCAGUCUCAAUAAGUCCAAGUCUGCAACCACCACUCCAUCAGGCUCUCCUCGGACCUCCCAACAAAAUGUUUAUAAUCCUUCAGAAGGCUCUACGUGGAAUCCUUUCGAUGAUGACAACUUCUCCAAACUCACAGCUGAAGAACUGCUAAAUAAGGAUUUUGCCAAGCUGGGGGAAGGCAAACAACCUGAGAAGCUCGGAGGCUCAGCCGAGAGUUUAAUCCCAGGCUUUCAGUCAACUCAAAGUGAUGCUUUUGCCACUUCCUCAUUUUCUUCUGGAACCGCUGAAAAGAGGAAGGGUGGGCAGACUGUGGAUUCUAGCCUCCCACUCCUAAGCGUGUCUGAUCCUUUCAUUCCUCUUCAAGUACCUGAUGCACCAGAAAAACUAAUUGAGGGACUCAAAUCUCCUGACACUUCUCUUCUGCUCCCUGACCUCUUGCCUAUGACAGAUCCUUUUGGUAGCACUUCCGAUGCUGUAAUUGAAAAAGCUGAUGUCGCUGUUGAGAGUCUCAUCCCAGGACUGGAGGCCCCGGUCCCCCAGCGCCUCCCAUCUCAGACGGAAUCUGUAACCUCGAACCGCACAGAUUCUCUCACCGGGGAGGAUUCCCUGCUUGAUUGCUCUCUGCUUUCUAAUCCUACUACUGACCUUCUGGAAGAGUUUGCCCCCAUAGCCAUCUCUGCUCCAGCCCAUAAAGCUGCAGAAGAUAGUAAUCUCAUCUCAGGUUUUGAUGUCCCUGAGGGCUCGGACAAGGUGACAGAAGAUGAGUUUGACCCUAUUCCUGUAUUGAUAACCAAAAACCCACAAGGUGGGCACUCUAGAAACAGCAGUGGGAGCUCUGAGUCCAGUCUUCCCAACCUAGCCAGGUCUUUACUGCUGGUGGAUCAGCUCAUAGACCUGUAGCCGUGACCCAGUAGCAGAUGCAGUUCUGUAACCUUCAU